CUCUCUCUCUCUGGCUUUAAUCAAGAUUUCCCUUUUUAAUCAAAAACCCUGAAAUAAAACCCUCCAAAAUCCAAAACCCGAAAUCAUGUGGAGGCGGUCCGCUUCGUUCGUCCUCGACAAGCGUCUAGGGCAACAAAACCCCCCGUCGUCGCCCCCAGAGCCCAACUCAUCCAUGGACCCCCACCAAAACCCUAACCCGAACCCUAGCAUCUCCGCCUACUACCAGACGCGAUCCGAGCACCACGCUGUCGUUACCAGCGACUGGCUGCGCCCAGGCGUAGUCGGCACGCUGUCAAUGCGUGCCACUACGUCGCCGCCGGAGGAGGGCUCCGUUGGGGGAGGUGGAGGGAGGGGGUUUAGCGUGAUUGAUGAGUUCAAUUUCUGGAGGAAGAAGCCGGAUUUGGCUGAGGCUGUGGCGGCGAUCAUGGCGCUUGCGGCGGUGAUUCGGUCGAGUGAGGCGACGACGAUGAUGGAGCUCGAGAUCGAGCUGAAGAAGGCGUCUGAUGCGCUAAAGUCAUGGGACACAACUUCUAUAUCAUUAUCUGCUGGCUGUGAUUUGUUCAUGCGAUAUGUCACCAGAACUUCUGCCUUAGAGUAUGAGGAUUUCAAUGCUGCAAGAUUACGUCUAAUUGAGCGCGGUGAAAAAUUUGGAGAGAUCUCUUUGAGGGCUCGCCGGACCAUCGCUAUGCUUGGCCAGGACUUUAUAUUUGAUGGUUGCACAAUCCUAGUUCAUGGUUUCUCACGAGUUGUGUUGGAAGUGCUGAAGACAGCUGCAACAAAUAGGAAACUUUUUCGUGUUCUCUGCACAGAGGGAAGACCAGAUAGAACAGGCUUACGUUUUUCAAAUGAACUCGCACAGUUCGGUGUUCCUGUGAAGCUUCUCAUUGAUUCUGCAGUUGGCUAUACCAUGGAUGAGGUUGAUAUGGUCUUUGUGGGAGCUGAUGGUGUGGUUGAAAGUGGAGGGAUUAUCAACAUGAUGGGAACAUAUCAAAUUGCAAUAGUGGCUCAUAGCUUGAACAAGCCUGUUUAUGUUGCUGCUGAAAGUUACAAGUUUGCUCGGUUGUAUCCUUUAGAUCAGAAAGAUCUAGCGCCUGCUCUUCGCCCCAUUGACCUUGGAGUCCCUAUUCCUUCAGGAGUCGAGGUAGAAACAUCAGCGAGAGACUACACUCCACCUCAAUACCUCACUCUUCUGUUCACCGAUCUUGGUGUUCUUACUCCUUCAGUUGUAAGCGAUGAGCUCAUUCAAUUGUAUCUAUAGGAAAACUCCCUCAAAAUUUCUCAGUUCAAAUUUAGAAGGGAAUAUUAUUUCCAUUUUUGGUCUGAUCAUGUACGGAAAAUCUGUAGAUUUUAAACCUAGAGGUGAAUCGUAUGGGAUUUUCUUAUUGCUGUUCGAAAAUGAAGACAACACUAACAAACAGAAGUUUGUGUAGAAGGAUAGAUUUUGUUUUUUUAAGUCUGCCUUCUGAAGUAUUUUGGGGUUGUUAUUUUAUUUGGAUGACUGUUGACAGUUU